CAUGAAAUACUUAUACCUACUCUCAACCUUGGUCUUUGCAGCGAGGGUCAUCGCUUUUCCUGCCUAUGCCUCGUUGGGCGGCCUCAGCCAGGGGGAAUUGGACGCUAUAAUUCCGACACUCGAGGCCCGAGAGCCAGCACCACCUCCUGGACCUUUGCCGGACACCUCUGCUAAAUUGGUGAACGACGAGGCUCACCCAUGGAAACCCCUUCGACCGGGCGACAUCCGUGGACCUUGCCCUGGUCUCAAUACUUUGGCGUCUCACGGGUACCUCCCGAGAAAUGGGGUUGCAACGCCGGCGCAAAUAGUCACUGCGGUCCAGGAAGGAUUGAAUUUCGGACAUGCAGCUGCACUCUUCGCCACCUAUUCAGCUCACCUUGUGGACGGCAAUCUCAUCACCGACCUCCUUAGCAUUGGACGCAAGACGCGGCUCACUGGGCCUGAUCCCCCACCACCAGCUAUCGUUGGUGGAUUGAAUACCCAUGCGACCUUUGAAGGCGACGCUAGUAUGACUAGAGGCGACGCGUUCUUCGGCAACAACCAUGAUUUCAAUGAGACGCUCUUCCAGCAGUUGAUUGACUACAGCAACCGAUUCGGAGGAGGAAAGUACAAUCUCACUGUCGCGGGAGAGUUCCGGUUCAGGCGUAUUCAAGACUCAAUCGCGACCAACCCCGAAUUCUCCUUCGUCAACUUGCGAUACCUUACCGCCUACGGAGAGACUGCGUUCCCCGUCAACCUUUUCAUAGACGGACGCAGGAACAACGGCCAGCUGGAUCUCGACGUCAUGCGCGGGUUUUUCCAAUUCAGUCGUAUGCCUGACGACUUCUUCCGCGCAGAUGGACCGAGAGGCACCGAAGGAGUCGAGGUGGUCGUACAGGCUCAUCCUGUGCAGCCAGGAAGAAACGUCGGCAGAGUGAACAGCUUCACCUUUGAUCCAACCUCCGCCGACUUUUCCACUCCCUGCUUGAUGUACGAGAAUUUCGUUAACCAAACGGUCAAGGGGCUUUAUCCGAAUCCGACGGGACAACUUCGCAGAGCACUAAACACGAAUCUCGAUUUCUUCUUCCUGGGGAUAACCGGUUCAUUCGACGGAUGUACCCAGGUAUUCCCGUACGGGCGGGAUUG